AUGGCAGAGAAAGAAACAGAAGCAGUUAAUGAGACUGCAGGACCUCAUCUGGAACUAAAGCACCCACCAGUUGGAAAGAAAGAGCCUCACACACUACGAAUUAACAGAAACAGUAACGCCGCCCCUGAGGACACUGAGCCGCCCCUGAGGACUCUGCAGCCUCCCGCUGAGCCCCCUGGCUUCCCCAAGCUCCUUGCCCCCGCACCCGCCUGCCCCCUGCUCCUGCCUCCAACCCCUGCCUUCCACAGGCCCUUUCCACAGAGGAAAAAGAAUCCUACGUCAGCUAUCCAGAUUCUCCACUCUUUCUAUCCCUUUGCUGAUGCAAAUAAGGGUGAUGAUCUGUUUCCUGCUGGCACUGAGGGUUAUAUCCAUAGAAGAAUUCAACAGAGAAACGUUGGAAGACGCUUACUAACUGUCCAAGGAAUGGCUGGUGAUCAUGACAAAAAGAAACUAGUGAAGGCGUUUAAGAAGAAAUGUGCCCCCAGUGGCACUGUAAUUGACUAUCCAGAAUGUGGAGAAGUAAUUCUGCCACAGGGUGACCAGUGUAAGAACAUAGGCUGCUGUCUCCUAGACAUCGGACUGGCUAAGGAUGAUCAGAUGAGGUUCGUGCUUUUUAAGCGCUUUUGGCUCACUAAGCGUAAGUGA